AUGCUCCAGAGCUUCCACUCCCUCUCCACCCACCAUCCUUCAACCCAUGUAAUUGACUCAAGCUUUGUCUAUCAAUCCAAACCCAUGUAUGUCACCAACCAACCUGAGCUCCUCAGCAAGGCUUUUAACGAUCCUCGAAAAUAUGCCGCAAACGGCUCGUGUCCGAUCGUCAUUAACAUCACAUUGUACAACUCUGACAUCGCCCGGCAAGAAAACCUGACAAUCCCUUACAUCGGCAUCGUCGAACGGAAAUUUGUAUUAGACCCUCUCACUGAGUUGUAA